AUGGAGAAGUGCAGGAAGAUCCUCCUCAGCGUCGUCCUGCUUCUUGCAGCCGUGGAAAUCUGCUUGGCUCAACACUGGUCUUACGGGCUACAACCAGGAGGCAAAAGGAACGCUGAAAACCUGGCAGAAUCAUUCCAAGAGAUUGAAAAUAGAAUGGAAAAAAUGGAGGAAAUGCAGAAGACCAAAUGCCCAGGCCCCUAUGAGCACCCCAGGUUUCGUGAUCUGAAGGAGGCCCUGGCAAGUCUGAUGGAAGAGGCUAGCGGGAAGAAAAUCUAA